AUGAAUGACACCAGCCGCAGAGGAAAGAAAGAUGUUCCCGAUGAAAUGGAGAGAGAGAGAGGAUGCAAAGAUAAACAACAGAUGGCGAAUGUGUGUUCCUACUCAUCAAAGCCACCGGUGGCUAGAGGUGUGCGUGUCCAUCACGUCUCUGGUGACCAGGUAGUGUGUAACAAGCUCUACCAUAACAGUAAGAACCGGCCAGCCUCUUCUGCACCCACAUACCCAAGCUUCCUGGAGCCAGAGGAGGCCUUUGUGCUGCCAGAUGCCUUAAUGGUGGUGCUGGACAUGGAUGAGGGCACAUUGAGCUUCAUGGUGGAUGGACAGUACCUCGGAGUGGCCUUCAGAGGCCUUAAAGGCAACAAGCUGUACCCCAUUGUCAGUGCGGUGUGGGGCCACUGUGAAAUCACCAUGCGUUACAUCAAUGGCCUAGAUCCGGAGCCUCUCCCUUUGAUGGACCUGUGUCGACGUGCAGCGCGGCUGGCUCUGGGACGAGAGCGUCUACAGGAGAUCGAAACAUUGCCUUUGCCCCAGUCUCUGAAGAAUUACCUCCAGUACCAGUGAGAGCGCGGGCCCUCACGUAGAGAUGCAGACACGGACACAGAGAGAAAGCCUGAGGCGCUACUAUAGCGCCACCAUCAGGCCGCAGAGGGAAAAUGUUUACAUUGUGGCUCACUGGUGGAAUCUUAAGUUAGUUUUUUUUUGUUUGUUUGUUUUUACAUUUUUAUUUCCCUCUUUAUGAGUUGUUUAAAUUAUUGAUGGCUUUGGAAGAAGCUCGGGGGACAGUGUGACGCAGGGCUAGAGCGGCGGCAGCUCAACAGACCUGCAGCGCCUCCAGGUGUACGUCUCGCCCUGGAGAAUUCGGCAGGAAGCACAUUAACCUUGGGAUGCCUUUGAAAGUCCACAGUAAUAAUCGUUCCUCUUUCCCUGGAUGUGAAGCCUGCAGAGCACAGUAAUUGGACACAGGAAACUGAGGCGGCCGCAGGUCGGGUUUAGCCGCCUCCCGAGUCAAAAUCCAUCACACGGGAGCCUCAAAGGAAGAGACAAGCCCUGGAAGGUACAGUACCUUCCCACAGUAGCCCCUCACUGCAGAACAAAGAUCCAGGGUGCGGGGUUGGAUCCACAUCUAGGGGGUGGA